GUACCAUAGAACCGCGAUGAUGAAGAGCCUUGGAUCUCUCGUCUCCAUCUUUCUUCUUUCCAUGAUCAUCUCUGUUUCAGCUCAAACAUAUCUGAUAACCGAGACAUGCAACGCGAGUACAUACAACAAGCUGUGUGUCUCAACUCUGGAAUUAGGCCCUCAAAAAUUUAAACUGACGCCUAAAGGUCUAAGUCUUGUGGUUAUCAACUCUGUGAAGGCCAAGGCAACAGCCAUUGUAAAAGACAUUGGGAAUAUCAUUGCGUUGAUCCCACUGGUGGAAGAACCGUUAAGCCAGUGUUUCGAGUUCUACAACGAAGUUGUGAACGACUAUAUUCCGAAAGGUGUGGAGGCUUUGGAAAAUGAUGAUCCCAAAACGGCUAUUGAAAUCAUCUCGAAAACAGCCGUUGGGGCUUACAAAUGCGAGAAGAUUUUGAUCAGUACAGGGGAAAAAUUUGCUGACUUGCUGAGGGGUUGGAAGGGGAUUGGAGGUUCAGGCAAAAAUGUGUAUCGUCUUCUUGUUAUAGCUUUAGAAAUAUUAAGCAAGUUGGUCUAGAUAGUCAUGUCUGCAUUGGGCAAAACUUUUGCAUAUGUAUGUAGAUUUAAUUGCCAAAAUAAGGCAGUGGUUUUAUUUUAAUUUUCAUUUGCUCUUGUCCUUUUAAUCUUUGUAAUUUUUGAAUUCAGAGAUUAAUAAAAUUCAUUUGCUUAUAAAUAAAAAUAAAAAUAAAGCAGUAAUUUUGAGUU